GGGGAGCAGCGGCAGCUGGUUCGCUGCAGUGUGGGUCCCGGCCCAGCCUCAGCAGCAGCUCUGCUCAGCACCUCAGCUCCGACCCCAGCCUCGGCACCAGCUCAGCCCGACCUCACGGCUCCGAUGGCCCUAUCGGCGCUGAUCCUUUGUUGCGCCUGCCUGGCUGGCGCCUCCGUCCCUCCGGCCAUUGAGGACGUGACACCGCCCUCUACUGAAGCAGAGGGGGAUACUUUCUCAGCCAAUCAAACAGAAUCUCAGCUCAAAUCGCUCACGCCGAGGACGCCGGAAGCCUGUGUGGUACUGUACACAGAGACAGGGGACUUGAUAGAAGAAGGCUGCGUCGAUAUCUCGGAACAAUGCAACGAGACCAGCUGUGCUCCUGGAACCGUCUGUGGACUGAAUCUAGACCAAGAAGUCGAGUGUUUCGACGAAUCUGCCAUUGAUAUACAGAAUUGUGAAUCAGCAGAGAGCAGACUCGCUCGGCCAUGCCCUGAGCACACUGAAAUAUUGGGCUUCGGGAUGGGAUGCACAUUUUGUGUUGAAGAUGCCCUGCUCGAUCAUGGGGAUCGUGCAUGCAUCGUCAUUCCGAUGGACAUUGGAGAGGAAAAACAAGAAUGCGUCGAUAUUUCAGAACGAUGCGCCGAGCUUAGUUGCGAAAAUGAAACAGUAUGUGGCUUGAAUUUGAAUGAAAUCCCACAAUGUUUUCCCAGUAAUGUCACAGAGCUUCAGACUUGCGAAUCAGAACAGGACAGACUGAAUGAGCCCUGCCCUUACGGCACCAGUGUCCAAGGCUUUGGACAAGGAUGCACCUUCUGCAAAGUCGAUGAGCCAGAUGAGAUGAGAGUCUGUUUUUUGGACCCCAGUGAGCUCAUGAUCGAGUGUGUAGACAUAUCUAAGGAAUGUGAGCUUCUGGAUUGCGAAUUGCCAGGUAUGUGCGUGUUAAACUUAAACAAAACACCAGAAUGUCUGCGGAACUCUUCCGAUUUGUACGAGAACUGCGAUACGGAAGAAUUCAGACUUGCCCAGCCGUGUCCAAUUGACUUCUCAAUUGUGGGAUUCGGGGAGAUAUGCACAUACUGCAGUAGUAGCUCAGAUGGUCCCGAACCGACUGCCCCCACUAGUGUCAGCCCGUCAGUCAUAAUCCCAACAACGAUGGCGCCCUUAUCGGCACGCAGCUCCCCUUCUUUCACCUGUUAUAUCGGGGUGUACCAAGGCAAGCUCACUUUUCCAUGCAAGGACUUCAGCGCAACGUGCCGAAGGUGCUCGAGGAGGGGCAAGAUCUGUGUUCGGAACAUGUAUCAAGAGAUGAAAUGUGUGACCAAGCAGGACCUGGAGCAGUAUCAUGCCGUGUGUGGUUCCCGGCGGAAGCGCGAGUUCCGCAGAUGUCCCGACGAUUUUGAGCCAGCGGGCUACAGUGCCGGCUGCACAUAUUGCUGGCAGCUCUCGCCGAAACGCGUUUGUCGAGUCACGGACGGUCAGGCCAGGUGUUCUCCUCUGCCGCGGUGGUGUCAGAACUGUCCCGACAGCACCACCUGCGUCCUGGACACUGAUGGCAGGGCGUGGUGCGCCACCUUCCAGAUUCUAUCUCACUACAGCAGCAGCCCCAAAACGGAGCAGGUGCGGCUACUGGUACCCUGCCCGCCGGGCCAGGUGGCAGAGGCGUUCGGAGCCGGUCGCAACUACUGCCGACCGCGGGUUGGACCACGCGCCUGCCUGGUCUCACGCCACGGCGGCCGCUGCCAAGACAUUGGACGCCUGUGUCAACGGCAGGGAUGUGGCCGCACACAGACCUGCGUGGUUGGUACUGACGAGAAGGUGCGCUGUGUGGACCCGAAUGUCCUGCAGAUGCUGUACAGGAAGAACUGUGGCUCGGAGUUGCAGGGCCUCCUGCGGCCGUGCGCCGAUGGCGGCGCUGUCGAGGCUUUCGGUCAGCGAUGCACCUAUUGUCGGCCUCGCCCCACUCGUCCAGCGGUAGCGAAAAAACGAGCAUGUUUUCCAAACCGGGCAGGACCAAUGUGUGUCGAUAUUUCAGUAGCAUGCAUGCGAAUGGGCUGCAGUGCGAUAUCCAAAGGCACCUCGAAACUGUGUGUACGGGAUAGCAAUACAGCCAACGUCAAGUGUGUGGACCCUCGGGUGCUGCGGCAGCACAAGAAACACUGCGGCAGCGAGCUGGAGCGGCUGACAUCACCGUGUCCCAGGGGCAGCGUACCGGCCCUCUUCGGAGCCGGCUGCAACUACUGCAGCGUCUGUAUCGCCAUCAUCAACGGCCAGUGUGUGACUGUUGACAUGAUAGAGAAGGGCUGCGGGCGAAUUCAUUGUCGCAGAGGAACCCAGUGCGUCCUGCAGCGCUUCAGCGGCACAUUCUCGUGCAAGUCGAUGGCGCGGCGGAUCCCCGCUUGUGGCACGCCGAGCGAGAGAAAGGACAAGCCCUGCACCCGGAGAUUCUCCUUCAAAGCACCACUGGCGUUCGGUGUGAACUGCAACUACUGCUGAAAGGCUCAUGGUGUUGGUAUCUCUUUCUAUAGAAUCAUAGAUAUCGCUAUGGUUGAAAUGAGUUGGUUAUGUGUAAACUGAGCAGUUUGGGGUGUGGUAUGUCUCAGCCUACAACUGUCUAAUAAAUCCGAAGUAAUAACAAAAA